AAAGAAUGGCUUCAAAACCAGGAUUGCUCACUGACUGGCCAUGGAAGCAGCUUGGAAGCUUUAAGUAUGUGAUUUUGGCACCGUGGGUGGUUCGUAGCAUGUAUUUGUUUAGUUUGAAAGGAGAAGGAGAGAGAGACCUGACCAGCUUUCUCAUACUACCGUUUCUAUUGUGGAGGAUGCUACACAACCAGAUUUGGAUUUCUCUCUCUCGUCAUCGAACAGCUAAAGGAAAUAACAGGAUCGUUGACAAGAGUAUUGAAUUCGAGCAAGUUGACAGAGAGAGUAACUGGGAUGACCAGAUAUUGUUUAAUGGAAUUAUAUUUUACAUCGCAAGCAUGGUAAUCCCGGGAACUUCUAACAUGCCCAUUUGGAGAACAGAUGGCGCUGUUAUUCAUCCAUUUGCAGAGCAUAUAGCAUAUUUUUUGCUCUUUGCAAUACCAAUUUUGACGACAAUUGCAACUGGGACGGCCUCGGUUCUAGCCAUCUUUGGUUACGUCACUUACAUUGAUCUUAUGAACAACAUGGGUCACUGCAACUUUGAGUUGAUUCCUAUGAAGAUUUUCUCCAACUUUCCCCCUCUCAAGUACAUGAUGUAUACACCUUCAUACCACUCUCUUCAUCACACCCAAUUCCGGACCAAUUACUCACUGUUCAUGCCUAUCUACGACUACAUCUAUGGUACCAUGGACAAGUCCACCGAUAUAUUAUUUGAAACUUCACUACGACGUCAAGAAGAGUCUCCCGACGUUGUUCACCUCACCCAUCUAACUACGCCAGACUCAAUCUACCAUUUGCGUCUAGGUUUCUCAUCACUUGCCUCCGAACCUCAGGAUUCCAAAUGGUACCUCUGGUUAAUUUGGCCAGUAACGUAUUGGUCCAUGAUCAUGGCUGCCAUCUAUGGCCGUACAUUCAUUUUGGAAAGGAAUGCUUUUGAGGAGAAACUCAAGCUACAGUCAUGGGCAGUACCAAGAUACAGUGUACAAUACUACUUCAAAUGGCAAAGAGAAUCUAUCAAUGGGCUGAUUGAAGAGGCCAUACUAGAAGCAGAGGCAAGAGGCAUUAAAGUCUUAAGUCUAGGUCUUUUGAACCAGGGGGAGGAACUCAACAGAAAUGGAGAGAUAUACAUCCAAAGGUACCCUCAGCUAAAUGUGAAAGUGGUGGAUGGGAGUAGCUUGGCAGUUGGUGUUGUUCUCAAUAGCAUCCCAAAAGGAACAACUCAAGUUCUUCUAAGAGGCAGACUUUCUAAGGUUGCUUAUUCCAUUGCUUCUGCAUUGUGCCAAAUGGGUAUAGAGGUGGCUACCUUAUAUGAAGAUGAGUAUGAGAAGCUUAAGCUAACCACCAACUCUCAAAGUAGUUUGCUACUCUCAAGGACUUAUGCUCAGAAGACAUGGUUAGUGGGAGAUGGAUUGACGGAGGAAGAACAGUUGAAGGCAUCAAAAGGAACAUUGUUCAUUCCUUUCUCACAAUUUCCUCCAAAGAAAAUCCGCCAUGACUGCUUCUACCAGUACACACCAGCAAUGGGUACCCCCAUGUCUCUCGAGAAUUUGCACUCAUGUGAGAACUGGUUGCCAAGGAGAGUAAUGAGUGCUUGGAGGAUAGCUGGGAUAGUACAUGCCAAAGAAGGAUGGAAUGUUCAUGAGUGUGGAAAUAAGGUUUUCGACAUUGACAAAGUUUGGGAAGCCAGUCUUAAACAUGGUUUCAAACCUUUGGUUACGGCCUCUUAA